GGUUUAUUGUUCACCAAGUUUCUCCGAUUCAGUUCACUUCUCUCUACCCUUAAGCCCUAGCCGCCCCGAACCCCGAUCGUGCUCUCUCCCCUCCUCCCACGCCGGCCGUCCGCUACUCGAGAUCGCGUUUCAUCGAUUCUCCUCGCCUGAGCAGAGUCUUCCUCUCUCGUCCCACUCCACCCGUCCGGUGCUUUUCCUCGCCUCCCUCCACCACCAACAUCUCGCUCAGGCAUUAUGAUCAGUUAUGCUAUUUGAGGGAGAUAGUGGGAAAUUUAUUCAAAUUGAGUGGUUGCACAGUGAAUAAUGGAGAGGGUGGUGCUUGACCCCCAAAAAGUGCUGGGUGAGAGGACUGCUGGCAUGGAAAACAUAUUAUUUUGCUGACUGAUAAGGCUAUCACCGAAUGAGCUGUUCAAAGUUGGACCAAUUGUUGCAUUGGUGAAUUGAAGCAUAUUUGCAACUGCUAAGUUUUAUAAGCGAAGGAUGGCAGAUUGGGAAGAAGAAGAUUUUGAACCCGCACCACCUGGUCUGAAAACCAAUCAGCCGAAGGGUCAGUGGGAUGAUGAAGAUGUAGAAGAAAAGGAAGAUGUUAAAGAAUCCUGGGAAGAUGAAGAAGAUACGACACCGGCACCCAAACCAGAACCUCCACUAGAGAAGACUGAACCAAAACCUGGUAGCAAAGGUGCCGGAAAGAAAGGCAAAGUACUGGAAGAGAAAAAGACUGAGGUACCUGAUGAAGUUCUUGCUGAUCCUGUUGCUGAGAAACUUCGCCAACAAAGACUUGUAGAAGAAGCUGAUUACAAGGCAACAAAGGAAUUAUUUGGCAAGAGAGGUGAUGAAAAAUCUCUGGAUAAUUUUAUUCCGAAGUCAGAGAGUGAUUUCAUGGAGUAUGCAGAGCUUAUUUCCCAAAAAAUUCGUCCUCAUGAGAAAAGCUUUCAUUACAUAGGCCUUCUUAAAGCUAUUAUGAGGAUUUCCAUGACUUCAUUGAAAGCAGCAGAUGCCAAGGAAAUAGCUUCUUCGGUUACAGCAAUUGCCAAUGAAAAACUCAAGGCUGAGAAGGAAGCCAAUGCUGGCAAGAAGAAGCAAGCAGGGGCCAAGAAAAAGCAGCUUCAUGUUGAUAGGCCAGACGAUGACUUGGUUGGAGGUGCUUAUGAUGAUUUUGAUGAUUACGACUUCAUGUGAAUACCACACAGAAUUUUUCACCCUACUUUUUUUUUCAUCCUGAGUGUAAGAGUCUGCGGUGUAAAAUGAGCAUGGUCAAUCUUGACAGUAGUGCUUCGUGGGAGUCUUGAUUUCAUGUCUAUGGAAUAAGAAGAGGAUGUUAGGACUUGAUGACUCUUGGGGCUCAUUGUGUGUGAGAUUUUGCGUUUAUUUUACUGCUCUUUGCUUCUUCUCGAUAAGGUGGUUCAAUGUGUUGUAAUCAACAAAUUGGUAUUCUUAUUCAAGGUAUACAAAAGGCAGCUGGAUCUUAUAUGAGCACAGUUUCAAA